AUGUUUCAAAAAAGCACAUAUUGGGCACCGGAUAAAGAUUUCUUUAACUCUGAUGAGAAGGUUUGCUUCUAUACUGGUCUACCUUCCUUGGAAGUACUAAUGGUUGUGUUUGACCAUGUAGCUUCACAUGUGAAAAGGCAAACUCAGUCAAUCAAUAGGUUCCAAGAGUUUAUUAUUGUACUCAUGAAACUUAGGCUUAAUGUACCAUUACAGGAUCUUGCCUACUGUUUUGUUGUAUUGAUUUCAACUAUUUCAAGAAUAUUUUUCCAUUUGAUUGUGGUAAUGGACAAGAGACUGUUUCCCUUUGUUUACUGGCCAGACAGGUAUCAACUUUGCAAGACAAUGCCCUAG